AUGAAAAUCACUAGAGUAUUUCCUGAAAAUCCAACAGGGAUCUAAAUAAUCAAUUCAAAUAACUAGAAUUAAACAUCUAAAUCACUUAAAUCUUCCAACUUGGUUGAUUUAUAAUUUGAAAAUAUAGAGUAUUCUGUAAAAGUAUUUGAUCCAAAACUCUAAAAAAAAGGUAUAUUUAUAACUAUAAUCUUAAGAAAACAAAUCAAUUUUGAAAGGAUUAACAGGUAUAUGUCCAGGAGGAUAGGUUACAGCUAUUUUAGGAAGUUCAGGAGCUGGAAAAACAACUCUCUUAAAUAUUCUAGCUUGUAGAGUUCCAUAAAAUAGUGAAUCUUAAUUAAAAGGAAGAGUAUUAGCUAAUCAUCAGGAGUAUAAUUAUGACAAAUUCUGUUUAUUUGCCUCUUACAUUAUGCAAAAUGAUAUACUAAUGGAAACUAUGACUCCAAAGGAAGCAUUUACAUUUGCAGCUAGUAUGAAAUAUUCUGAUUCUGCAAUUUAAAUGUAGAGAGUAACAGAUACUCUAAAAAGUAUGAAAUUAGAGAAGUGUUAAAAUGCUUUAAUUGGAGGAAUAACAUUCAAAGGUAUAUCUGGAGGUGAGAGAAAAAGAACAUCUAUAGGAUAUGAGUUAGUAUCCAAUCCUGCAUGUAUAUUGUUGGAUGAACCUACUUCUGGAUUAGACUCAUUUACUGCGUUUGCUAUAAUGUAUAAAUAUAUAUUAAUAUUACUCAGUAAUGAAUUAAAGUAAUUAGCAAGUUAGUAAGAUAGAACUGUAGUUUUCACUAUUCAUUCCCCAAGCACAGAUAUAUUCUAAUUAUUUGAUAGAAUAAUGCUUCUAGUUGGGGGUAGAUUUAUUUAUUAAGGAUAAAAAAGCAAUGUAAUUUUAAAUUUAAAAAAAGAUUAUUGAUCAUUUUUAAAAUAUGGGAUUUACUUGUCCUUAAUCUUCAAAUCCUAUGGAUUAUUAUUUAAGUUUAAUGCAAAUAGAUAAUGAAGAGAAUUAAAAGCACUUUAAUAAAAUGUUUUAAUAUUAUGAUCAAUAUUGUCAUUCAAAUGUAAUUUUAUAAAUAAAUAAUUGUGAAAAUUUACUAUUGCCUUUAAAAGUAAGAGAAAUUUCUUAAAUUUAAUAAAUAAAGUAAAUUGCUAAUAGAAAUCUAAUGGCAUUUACAAGAGAUCCUUUACAAUUUUAUAUCAGAAUAUUUUAAACUAUUGUCUAAGGAUUAUUACUUGGAGGAGUAUUUUGGAAGGUUGCUGAUAAUGAAGGUUCUGUAUCAGAUCUAAUGGGCAUUUCUGGAUGUAAAUAGAUAUAUAUAUAUUUUUUAGCUCUUUUUUUUUGUGUAUUCAAUCUUGUAAUUUCUGCUGUUUUGGCUAUUAUAUUAACAUUUCCUGUAGAGAGAGAAGUGUUUUUAAGAGAAGAGAGUUCAAAAUUAUAUUCAAUUUCAUCCUAUUUUAUAGCUAAACAAAUUCUUGAGAUUCCUUUAUGCAUAGUACUUCCUAUAAUAUAGGAACUAAUAUCAUAUUGGAUGUGUGGAUAUCAUAAUACAACUGAAGCAGUAAUAAUGCAUAUGUUUGUAUCAAUUCUCAUUUAUAAUUGGGCUAGUGGCUUAGGUAAAUUAAUAAUAUAUAAAUUUAGGAAUGUUGGUUGGUUGUAUAUUUAGUGAUUUAAAAGCCAUACUUGGAAUUGCACCAUAUACAUUAUUACCUUAUGUAUUAUUCUCUGGUUUUUUUGCAAAUCCAAAAUUCUUUUAUUCAUGGACUAGAUGGAUAUAAUAUACAAGUCCAAUAACAUAUUCAUUUGAAGUUCUAUCUAGAGUAGAAUAUAAAGAUUAAUUAUAUGAAGUUGAUCCAAUAGAAUUGUAUGAUUUUAAAUAUGGUACUUGGACAUGCAUUUACAUUUUGAUAGGAUUUAUAUUCCUAUUUAGAAUAUUUGCAUUUAUGGCUUUGUACAUAUUAAAAUCAAAACUCUAAUGA